AAACAAAUUGAUAAUCCAACCCAACCCAACUCAAUCUUACACAAACUUUCCUAUCAAAAACUUUCCUAUCAAAAACAUUCCACAAAUUCCAACUAAUAAUUGAUCUCAAUCACACUCCUCAGUCGCGGGAGUUCGAUUCCUCAGCAUAUACUUUCUUUUCCCAUUUCCCCUCUUCAUCUCUAAUCCACAAUUCCAAAUUCCCAUUUCAAUUUCAAAUUGGGAAACAAAUUAGGGCUAGGGUUAAUUUUUCCGAUGAUCAGAGAUGAAUGUGGAGGGACUACAACGUAAAUUAGAGAAUUGGAUUAAAGAUCAUACAUCGAAGUUCUCGAAGCUUCAAAUUCCGCCAUUGCCGCAGUUUGGAGGUUGGGUCCGAGUGAAGUGGCCGCCAUGGUCGAAUGACCGAGAACACCGUAGAAAGCUUCAAGAGGAGUAUGAGAGAAGGAGGAAGCAACUUCAGGAUCUUUGUCGCGCUGUUAAGGCUGAAUCUGUGUCUGAUUUGCAGGAUAUUCUUUGUUGCAUGGUUCUAUCCGAGUGUGUUUACAAGCCUGCAACUGAGUUAAUUCGUACGGUAAACAAGUACAAAGCUGACUUUGGAGGGGAAGUCAUUUGUUUGGAGCGUGUUCAGCCAUCUUUGGACCAUGUUCCUCACAGAUACUUGUUGGCUGAAGCAGGUGACACUUUAUUUGCUUCCUUCGUCGGGACAAAGCAGUACAAGGAUCUGGUGGCCGAUGCUAAUAUAUUUCAAGGAGCUUUAUUUCAUGACGAUGACAUGGAGAUUAUGGAAGAAACAGAGAUUGUUGAGUCGGAUAUAGCUGAUGGACGAAAGGGAUAUUUAGAUUCUCAUGCAAAGACAGAAACUAAACCUAAGCAGUUGAAGCACAAGCUGAGACCUGCAGCUCAUAGAGGGUUUAUGGCUCGUGCCAAAGGGAUACCAGCCUUGGAAUUGUACAGGCUUGCUCAGAAGAAGAAGCGCAAACUUGUCUUGUGUGGGCAUUCUCUUGGUGGAGCUGUGGCAGCACUGGCCACACUAGCCAUUUUAAGGGUUAUUGCUGUAUCUUCACCGUUUAAAGACAAUGAAAAGUUUCAAGUCAAAUGUAUUACAUUCUCCCAGCCCCCUGUUGGAAAUGCAGCUCUUAGAGAUUAUGUUGAUCGGAAAGGAUGGCACCAUUACUUUAAGACUUACUGUAUUCCCGAAGAUUUGAUACCUCGAUUUUUAUCCCCAGCAUAUUUUGAUCAUUAUAAUAACGCACAAACUCCAUCAGCUGAUGGUGGUGGUGGUGCUUCAUCGUCAAAUGGGGAUCAAGGGAAUGGUGGCGUGAAAUUAGAGUUAGGAAAACUGAGAGAGAAUCAUGGAGAAAAACAGAAAGAGAAUGAAGGAGAGCAGUUGGUUCUUGGUGUAGGCCCUGUUCAGACCCCAUUUUGGAGAUUGUCCCGCCUUGUCCCUUUAGAGGGUAUUAGAAGACAUUUAACUGGAAAAAAAGGAACAGAAACUUUUGUUAAAGCACCCACUGUAACUAAUUCUGAUUCUGCAACAUCUUCAUUAAAUGAUAAUGUAGCUGCACCACAAUCGUUGGAGAUUGAAGAAGGCUGUGAUGGUGUUUCUCUUAAGCCAAUAUCCGAAUUUGAUCUGAAGCCAGCUUUGGAUGUUGUCAGAAAGGUACCUGAGAAAAGUGGCAACAAUGAAGGGGAUGGAAGAGCAUGGGGCAGGAUGCCUUCGUUACCUUCAUAUGUGCCUUUUGGGGAGCUGUAUUUGUUGGGGACGUCAUCGGCCGAAUCUCUAUCAGAUGCAGAGUACUCAAAGUUGACAUCGGUCAAAUCUGUGUUUGCUGAACUGAAAGAACGUUUUCAAUCGCAUUCAAUGAGAGCUUACAGAUCAAGAUUUCAGAGGAUGUAUGAUCUGUGUAUGAGUGAUGCUCCUGCACAAUUUUUGGGAAUUGAGCAACUUCAGCAGUUUCCUCAUUUACAACAAUGGCUUGGGCUAUCUGUUGCUGGAACAGUUGAGCUUGGGCAUAUUGUUGAGUCUCCAUUAAUCCGUACAGCGACUUCAAUCGUUCCACUUGGAUGGACCGGCACUCCUGGUGAAAAAAAUUCAGACCCCUUGAAAGUUGACAUUUCAGGCUCUGGGCUACAUAUGUGUACUCGAGUUCAGGCGCAAGUAAAUGGUAACUGGUGUUCUACUUCUGUUCAGACCCUUCCUCCUGCACCAACUUGCUCCGAAGAACCACAGCCUGAAUUGGAUAAGAUGAGAGUGCUGAUUGGAGCUCCAUUAAGACAUCCUCCAAAGCAUCAGAUUGUACCAGAUGCAUUCACAGUUUUCCCUUCCAUUGAUUCUGAAUCCAUCAAUCUAAAGGCACAACAAAUGUUAGGAGCAUUGUCUAAAAGUAAAUUUCCUCAGCCUCCAGGGUUAAAUAAUUUUUUUAUAUAUUGUACCACCGACUUCACCACUGUUUCCAAAGAGGUUGAUUUUAGGACUCGCAGAGUCCGAUUUGUUGGUCUUGAGGGUGCUGGUAAAACAUCUCUUUUCAAGGCUAUCUUGAAUAAAGGUAGAAAGUCAACUCCAACUGAUGGUGAGAAUUUGCAGCCCGAAGCAGACGUACAAGAAGGUAUUGCUAGUGGUUUGUGUUACAUGGAUUCUUCCGGAGUAAAUUUACAGGAGCUAAGUACCGAAGCUUCUCGUUUUAGAGAUGAGUUAUGGAUGGGUAUUCGAGACCUUGGGAGGAAGAUAGAUUUGCUUGUUCUUGUACAUAACCUUGCUCAUCAAAUACCCAGAUACAGUGAACCGACAAAUGUGUUGCAACGACGGCCUGCCCUCUGUUUUUUACUGGAUGAGGCUAAAGCCCUUGGUAUUCCUUGGGUUCUUGCAAUAACUAAUAAAUUUUCUGUGAGCGCACACCAGCAAAGAGCAGCAAUUGAUGCUGUAUUGAAGGCAUAUCAAGUAUCUCCUGGCAACACAGAGAUAUUGAACUCUUGUCCUUACGUUAUUCACAUAGCAGGCAACUCUUAUGCCUCUUUAUCUAGUGUUGUGGCCAGAGAAGACACUAAUAGAGGGAUGGUUCCACAAGGUCUUGCUCUUGGCCCGUUAAAUUUUGUUCGCAAACCUUUCCAGAGGAAAGCCACUAUUCUCCCUGUGGAGGGUGUGGAUUCUUUUUGUCAGCUUGUUCAUCGUGAACUCCGGAGCAAAGAAGAGUUGUCCUUUGAGGAAUUUGGUAGGGAUAAACUUUUAAUGGAGCUCUCACAAGAUCGUGCUAAGGGGAUUGCUGGGAAGAAAGAUAUGCAGGACAAGGCAAACUCAAUGUCUGCAGCGACAGUUGGUGCGUCUUUGGGGGCUGGUCUUGGGAUUGUAUUGGCUGUUGUGAUGGGUGCUGCAUCUGCCUUGAGAAAACCAUGACAUCUUCCUCACCAGUAUUCAGCCUGUUAAAACAUUGCUAUAUUGCCUUAUAUGUAACAUUGUUGUAAAUAGUUAAUUCAUUGAUAACUAGCAGAAGUCGAUAGUAUUAGUGCGUUUUCAUAAACUUGGUCUUCAAUUUAUUCAUUGGUUCAGAUGUUCAAUAUUUAAAGCCUUCAAGCUGCAUAUAGGUCUUCCAUAAAUCUAGCUCAAAACAUACGCCAGUUCCUGUAGGCACAACUAUGUAUAUCAGCAGCAUGAAGCAAUUUUGUAGAUAGGCUUUUGUGUGUCCCA